AUGAAGGAGCAUGAGCUGUUUCGGGCCAUGUCGGCCGAUGCUCUAGAAGCCUGCAUGGAUGUGCCUUGCGAGUUUCCAGUCGUGUCACAUGACAGGGCAUCGGGAGCCGAAGCAGCUUCAGUCGAAUGCAGCGUGAUCGGGAGUGCGCGGGGUGAGGAAGAUCAAGAUCCACUCAUGGAGGCGUGCAUCCAGCUGAUGUCCCAGAUGCAGGCCACACGUCCUGAACUCCUGCGCGGGAUCAGGGUGUUCCGAGUCGUUCAAAGUGCCCCACGCCACUAUAUGCGAGGACGUCUCAAUCAUCUCUAUGCGUUCAGCGAGGCAACACAUGAGCUUGAUGAGUUUUGGUCCCACAGCUGGCAGGCAGGGAUGUGGAGCAAAUACGCAAGCAUUCUCUUCCUGAACAAUGGCUUGGCGGCAUUCGUAGUGGGCACACUUUGCGCCAUUCUUCCCUUUUGCCUGCGUGCAUCUGGCUUACUUUCCUUUGGGAACUUGUGCGUGCCUUGCGGGACCCUGGGCUACUACUUGACGUUGCUGCUGUGGCCGCAGAGGAAGGUGGUUUUCCUGGAUGCUGCUUGCAUACACCAGGCCGAUGAGGCGCUCAAAGCAGAGGGCCUCCUUAACAUGGGAGCGAUUCUGAAGCGCUCGAAGUCUCUGGUGGUGCUUUGGGAUCAGACGUACGUGUCGAGACUGUGGUGUAUGUUCGAGAUGGCUGCUUUCCUGAAGAGCCGCCAGCCCGUUGAGAACGAGCGGCAGCACAGUCUGGAAAUUUGCCCUGUUUUUGUCUGCCCGGCCCUCCUGAUCGGCAAUUUGGGCGCCAGCGUCACGGUGAUGGUUUUCAAGUCGUCGCUCGUGCCACCGGUGCCAUGGGGUUUGGCGCUCAUCGGCUGUCUUGCAUUCCCAAGCAUGACACUGCUGGCAUACGUAAUUCUCAUGCACUCUCGCAGCAUCGACGCCAUGCAAGCCCAAGUCCGCACCUUCGCCAUCGAGGCUUCUUCUAGCACCUGCUGCGAGAAAGGGCAUACAGAUCCCCGGGGUUUGCCACUUCUGUGCGAUCGAAACAUCAUUCUUCGCUGUAUCACCACAUGGUUCGGGUCGACCGAGAACUUCGAGUCCACCGUGCGCACCACGCUCCUGACGGUACUGGUUCACCAGCUGUCGAAUUGCGUCUUCUCGUAUUGGCGCAUUGUGCUGGCGACCUGCCCAAUUGCUUGGUUUUUCAUGGACUGGUGUGCAGAGUGGCCCUACGACGCACCCAAAUUUCUGUGCAAAGCUGGGGCCUACUGGCUGUUUCUUCUGCCAAGCUCAUCUUUGAUCAUGCUCCGGCUGACUUAUAUGACACGCCGCCUUUGUGAGGGCUUCUUGGCGCUUCUGGUGCUCUCCAUGUGUCUGGUCUUAUGCUGGGUGCCCGUUUUCGGUUCCUUCAUGGUGCUGAGUGAGCGCAUUCUUCCCGCACUUUUGGGGGACGAACUCUCACCCUUACUGCUGUCAUUCGUGAUGGGCAUUCUCAACCUCUUUUUAUGGCGGUGCUUGCCCGUAGUGCGGUCGUCCCAUGUGCCUUCGACCGGUGGCAUGGAAAGCGCGGAUGACGCUGCCACCUUCGAUGGCACUGAUGACGCCGACCUGACGGACAUGCUCAAUGACAGCGAAGCUGAGACUGAUGAGGCGGUCGACGAGACUCCCGAGGCUGAGCCAGCCACAGGUUCAGAGAAGCCCUCCGCCGACGGAAGAUCGGCAUCCAAGUGGUCCUUGAAGGACUUGAAAGAGCACUUUGAUGUGGAGGGCAUCGACUAUGACGCCAUGAUGGCUCAGAUCAAGGACACCAUCAUCAAAACCUUGAUCGCUGCGGAGACACCCAUUGUCAGCGCCUGGCACAACGGCGCCAACUACCGCGGCGCCAACCGAGCCUGGCGUCCUGUGGGUCCCAACCAGACGUGUUUCGAGCUCUUUGGCUUCGAUAUCCUGGUUGACGAGACUCUCCGCCCGUGGCUGCUCGAGGUCAACACAUGCCCUUCGCUUUCUUCGUCAUCGCCGCUGGACAAGCGGCUGAAAACACAGCUUGUCGCAGACAUGCUGACGCUUGUGGGUCUCUCACCUGGCCGGGAGGAGUGUGUGGGAUGCCGCUCCACGUCACGCCCGGGCACGGGCGAGCAACGGGCCCGCUUCCUUCGCUCCCACACAGCAGAUGGCCUGGCGUCGGAUGCCAUUCGCUUGCGUGACCUCGGAGAGGCGGAGUGGUCCACGAUCAUGGACGCGCAUGAUGAGUACCUGCGCCGCGGCUCCUUUGACCGUAUCUAUCCCUGCGAGGCAGCAGAGGAGUACCAGGAGCUCUUCCGAACCCCGCGGUAUGCCAACUGCAUCUUGGCAAAAUGGCUGCAUGAAGGAGGCGAAAGAUGCUUCCUGCCUGGUUGCGAAGAUCUGCGACCGAAAUGGUUAGCUGGGCAACUCUUCACCGCAGCUUGCUGA